CGGGACGGUGCCGGACCAUCGUAUUCCUCUUAUCCUGAGGAACCUCAGACUGUGCGGGAAGGUGCCGUCCUUCCAAAAGAUAAGAGAUUUCCCUGUACCGAGUGCGGGAAGUGUUUUCGUUUUAAAUACAAUCUUAAUAUUCAUAAAAGAUCUCACACAGGUGAGAAGCCAUAUUCCUGUCCUGUGUGCAGGAAAUGUUUCUCGCAUAAGUCCAAUCUUUCCAUACAUCAGAGAUCGCACACAGGGGAGAAACGAUAUUCCUGCCGUGAGUGCGGAAAGUGUUUCCGUUUUAAUUGCAGUCUUAGUGUGCAUAGAAAAUCUCACACAGGAGAGAAACCAUAUUCCUGUCCAGAGUGCGGGAAGUGUUUCCACACUAAAUCCAGUCUUGAUCUUCAUAAAAGGUCUCACACAGGUGAGAAGCCAUAUUUGUGUCCUGAGUGUGGGAGAUGUUUCAGUUUGAAAUCCACACUUAAUCUUCAUAAAAGAACUCACACGGGUGAGAAGCCAUAUUCUUGUCCGGAGUGCGGGAAAGGUUUUUCACAGAAGUCCAAUUUUACCUUACAUCAGAGGGUGCAUACGGGGGAGAAGCCAUAUUCCUGUGCUGAGUGUGGGAAACAUUUUUCAAUAAAAUCCCAUUUUAUUUUUCAUCAAAGGAUUCAUACCGGUGAAAAGCCUUAUUCCUGUCCUGAGUGCGGGAAAUGUUUUUCACGGAAGGGCUCUCUUUCAAAUCACAUGAGAUAUCACACGGGGGUGAAACCAUAUUCCUGUCCAGACUGCGGCAAAUGUUUUACGGAGAAUUCACAUCUUCACAUCCACCUGAGAUGGCACUCGGGGGAAAAGCCGUAUUCCUGUUCUGAGUGCGGCAAAUGUUUUUCAGAGAAGUGCAAACUUCACAGCCAUCAGAGAUCGCACACGGGGGAGAAACCGUAUUCCUGUCCUAAAUGCGAUAAAUAUUUUCAAACUAAGUCCGGUCUUAACAAACAUCAGAGAUUGCACACAGUGGUAGAUCCUUUUUCCUCAUCUGAUUGGAGGAAGUGUGACCCACAGAAGUCCACCGUUUAUAGCCAUCUGAGAUUGGACACGGAGGAGAACGAACUUUCCUGGUCUGAGUGAGGGAAAUGUUCCUCACUGAAGUCCUGUCAUCCUGUACAUCAGGGGUCCCACACAACCCUCGAGGUGUA